AAUGAAUGAUAUUUCCCGCUACUAUCCUCGAUUUGGGAAUUAUAUUCUGGCAAUAUAACAAAAUUGGAAUUUUCCCAAAUUCCCUUCGUCUCCUCGCGAGUUCUACACUUCUACCGCCUUUUGUUGCACCCAAUUGAUUUCGCAAAUGGCGCUUCUUCUCUUCUUCUCCACCUCCACCUAGGGUUCAAUUUCUCAUCCCCGGACAAAUGAAGCGCAGUACCUGCUACGAAAUCUCCGACGAUGAAUGGGAGGGCCACUCUUUCAAGCCGUCUCGUGUCUUCCGGCAAUCCCCAAAACCUGCCCCCAUCGAAUCCUUCGCAUACCAAUCGCAACCUCAGACUGACUAUUCCAAUCACAGCAGCGACGAUUGCGUCGAAAUCGGUCGCAAUUUGACCAAAUUGGAUGACUGUAACUUGGAGGACGACGACGUGGAGGCGGAGGAGGUGGUGCCAGCGGCGAAUCGUAGCAGGAGGUUUGUGGUGGAUGAUGAUGAGGAUGAUAACAAUGUUGAGGAUGUGUAUGAUAUAGAGUCGAGUGAAGAAGAGGAGUUGGAAGAGGAUGACGUGGUUGGAAAGGCUCUGGAGAAGUGCUCGAAAAUUUCGGCGGAGCUAAGGAGGGAGUUGUACGGCGGCUCUGUGACGUCAGGCGAGAGAUACGCUGAAGUGGAAGCUUCCUCUGUGAAGAUUGUUACUCAGAAUGAUAUUGAUGUGGCAUGUGGGGCAAGUGAUUCUGAUUUUCAGCCAGUUCUCAAGCCAUAUCAGCUUGUUGGUGUUAACUUUCUUCUCUUGUUGCAUCAUAAGGGUAUUGGAGGAGCAAUAUUAGCAGAUGAAAUGGGACUGGGGAAAACAAUUCAGGCUAUUACAUAUCUAACUUUGCUGAAACACUUGAAUAAUGAUCCUGGUCCACAUUUAAUUGUCUGUCCUGCUUCUCUUUUGGAAAACUGGGAAAGGGAACUUAAAAAGUGGUGUCCAUCAUUUUCUGUACUCCAGUAUCAUGGUUCAGGAAGGGCAGCCUAUUCAAGAGAGUUUAGCUCUUUAUCCAAAGCUGGAUUGUCACCUCCGUUCAAUGUUCUUCUUGUGUGUUACUCACUUUUUGAACGACACAGUGUGCAGCAGAAGGAUGAUCGGAAAAUUUUGAAACGUUGGCAUUGGAGCUGUGUACUGAUGGAUGAGGCACAUGCUUUGAAGGACAAAAAUAGUUAUAGGUGGAAAAAUCUAAUGUCUGUUGCUCGAAAUGCAAACCAACGUCUGAUGCUAACCGGCACACCUCUCCAAAAUGAUUUACAUGAGCUAUGGUCUUUGCUAGAGUUCAUGAUGCCUGAUCUUUUUGCCACCGGGGAUGUAGACCUAAAAAAGCUUCUAAACGCAGAAGAUAGUGAAUUGAUUGGUCGUAUGAAGUCUAUUUUGGGACCGUUCAUCUUGAGACGUUUAAAAUCAGAUGUCAUGCAACAACUUGUCCCAAAAAUACAGCAGGUUGAAUAUGUAAUUAUGGAAAAGCAACAAGAUGAUGCCUAUAGGGAAGCCAUAGAGGAAUAUCGUGCAGCCUCGCAAGCUCGUAUUGCAAAGCUUUCAAAGGUCAACUUGAGUAAUGGAAUUCUACCUCGCCGUCAGAUCUCAAACUACUUUAUUCAGUUCCGUAAGAUUGCAAAUCAUCCAUUGUUAGUGAGGCGAAUUUAUAAUGACAAGGACAUUGUUCGCUUUGCUAAAAUUCUACAUCCGAUUGGUGCAUUUGGUUUUGAAUGCACCUUGGACCGUGUUAUUGAGGAACUUAAGGGUUACAAUGACUUCUCCAUUCAUCGGCUUUUGCUUCAUUAUGGCAUUAAUGUUGGUAAAGGGAUUUUAUCUGACAAUCAUGUUAUGCUUUCAGCAAAAUGUCAGGCAUUAGCUGAACUCCUUCCUUCACUUAAGAAAGGUGGGCAUCGAGUUCUGAUUUUUAGCCAAUGGACAUCGAUGCUUGAUAUCUUAGAAUGGACUUUGGAUGUAAUUGGGGUUACAUAUAAACGACUUGAUGGAAGCACCCAAGUGACAGACAGGCAGACUAUAGUGGAUACUUUCAAUAGUGACACUUCCAUAUUUGCAUGUUUGCUGUCCACGAGGGCUGGAGGGCAGGGUUUAAACUUAACCGGAGCUGAUACCGUGGUAAUCCAUGAUAUGGAUUUUAAUCCACAGAUUGAUCGGCAAGCUGAAGAUCGUUGUCAUCGUAUUGGCCAAACAAAGACUGUUACCAUAUACAGGCUGGUGACCAAAGGUACAGUUGAUGAGAAUGUUUAUGAGAUUGCAAAGAGGAAACUAACUCUGGAUGCUGCUGUGCUUGAGUCUGGCAUGGAUGUCGACAAUGAAGGUGACAUGUCUGAGAAGACUAUGGGAGAGAUACUAUCAUCACUAUUAAUGGGUUAGAAGAGUUGCAGAACCUGGUAGUCUUUUUUUCCCCCUUUUUUGAGUAGAUUUAAUAUUUCAUUUAUAUGGCUGUUGUUGUAUUAGUUCAGGGAUAUCUGAGGUUUAAACUUUAAACACAUACUUUUCAAUAGGUAUAAGGUAAUCUUGAGGGGAAAAAGGUAUAUCUACAAUUGAUAAAAGCGGUUGUUAGAGAGAUACGCUAAUACGAUCAAUGUGGUGUUGGGAAUAUAAAUGAUAGAACCUUUUGGAUGGAACUGAGUUUUCGCAGUGUUUUUACAUGGUGGGAUUUCUUUAGCAGU